GCUUCACACCCAGCUGUGGACUAGCUAGCUCACUUUUCAUAAGUUGAUAGUGAAGAUGAACUCCCAUGCGUUGUUAAGCUGCUUCGUUGACAUUGUGCCGACACUGUUUUCCAGGUGUUUUCCAUUUUUUUUUGUGCAGAAAUGCGUGUCUGUGGUGUGCUGAUUUCGGGGUGACCGGGCGGCUCUCAUCACCUGUUAGAGCAUGUUGUUAAGUAUCUGGUACUGAACUGGACCAUUUCACAGUCCAUACGUAUUCUCUGGACCAUUUUAGUAAAAUCUGAGUCAUAUAAACUGGUGUAUGUCAAUGAGUGCAUGCUCAGUCUGCGGUGGAUGCUGCACUUGUACAGUUCUUCAGGAAAGGCCGGAUGCUAGCAUUCGUAGUGAUUCAACGCAGGCUGGCCUGGUUCAGCAGAAAAGUAAAGGUUACAUGAGUCGCUGGAGAUGGACCACACAACUCUGCAGAGGAUGAGGAAAAUGAUCAAAGCUAUACACACAUCUGGACUCUCCCACGUUGACAACAAGGAGCAGUAUAACGAGGUGCUGGAGAACCUGGGGAAUAGCCACCUGACCCAGGACAACAACGAGGUCUCCACAGGUUUCCUCAACCUGGCUGUGUUCACCAGGGAGGUCACAGCCCUCUUCAAAAAUCUGGUACAAAACCUCAAUAACAUCAUGGCGUUUCCUUUGGAAAAUGUACUGAAAUCAGAGCUGCGGGACAGCAGACUAGAGCUCAAGAAACAGAUGGAGAAGAGCUGGAAGGAGUACGACAUAAAAAUAGGGAAGCUAGAGAAGGAGAGGAAGGAGAAGACCAGGCAGCUGGGGCUGAUCAGGACGGAGGGAUCAGAUGGCGGGGAGGACAUGGAGAGAGAGAGGAGGUCCUUUCAGCUGCAAAUGUGUGAGUAUCUUUUGAAGAUCCAGGAGCUUAAGGUGCGUCAGGGUCCUGAUCUUCUCCAGAGCCUCAUCAAAUAUUUCCAGGCCCAGCACAGUUUCUUUCAGGAUGGGCUGAAAGCUGCAGAAAAUCUUGCUCCCUUUAUCGAGAAACUUGCUGCCUCUGUGCACACGGUGCGUCUGGACCAGGAUGAGGAAGUAAAACAACUAACUCAGCUGAGGGAUUCUCUCAGAUUACUUCUCCAAAUGGAGGGGAAAGAGGAGUACCUGAACAGGAAGAACUCUGGCAAUGGGUAUAGCAUCCACCAACCACAGGGCAACAAAAAGUAUGGGACAGAGAAAUCCGGCUUUCUGCUCAAGAAGAGUGACGGGAUCAGGAAGGUUUGGCAGAAGAGAAAGUGUGGAGUCAAAUUCGGCUGUCUGACCAUUUCCCACAGUACGAUCAAUCGACCGCCCGCCAAGUUGAACCUACUGACCUGUCAGGUGCGACCAAACCCAGAGGACAGGAAGACCUUUGACCUGGUCACUCAUAAUCGGACGUAUCAUUUCCAGGCAGAAGACGAGCAGGAAUGUAUGAUUUGGGUGUCAGUGCUGCAGAACAGUAAGGAAGAGGCCCUGAACACAGCGCUGGGAGGAGACCAGCUCAACCUCCAGGACAGUGGGCUCCAGGAACUUUCCCGAGCCAUCAUCGCUGAGCUUCGACACAUGCCUGGCAAUGAGGCCUGUGCUGACUGUGGGGCUCCAGAUCCAACAUGGCUGUCAACCAAUCUGGGCAUACUGACCUGUAUAGAGUGCUCUGGGAUCCACAGAGAGCUGGGUGUCCACUACUCCAGGAUCCAGUCUCUCACUCUGGACCUACUGAGCACCUCUGAGCUCCUGUUGGCUGUCAGUAUUGGCAACACCAGAUUCAAUGACAUCAUGGAGGCGGGCCUUCCAAAUGACUCUGUCAAACCACUUCCACAAAGUGACAUGAAUGCCAGAAAGGAGUACAUUGUGGCAAAAUACGCUGAGCGUCGGUACGUCCUACGUAGAGAAGAAGCAGAUCCCGGCAGGCUGUAUGACGCUGUGAGGAGUCGUGACCUCAUUUCUCUUCUGCAGUUCUACGCUGAGGGAUCGGACCUGGCCAAACCACUCACACUGCCUGAUGAACAGGUGAAGAUCAUUUACAGCCACAAGUGGAUUUCCACACCUGCAUUUCUUCCUGAAAUGUAUCCUGUUAGGGGGAUCAAAGAGACAGCUCUUCAUCUUGCUGUGCGUCUAGAGGAAAGAAGCUCUUUGGCGCUGGUGGAUUUCCUCUGCCAGAACAGCAACUGUCUGGAGAAAAGAACAGCGGAAGGAAACACGGCUCUACAUUACAGCGUCCUGCAUCACAAGCCUGAGUCUCUCAAGUUACUGUUAAAAGCAAAGGCAGCCCUACACACAGUGAACUCCGCAGGAGAGACAGCCCUCGACAUCGCUAGGAGGCUGCAGUACACACAAUGUGUUGACCUGUUGGAGCUGGCCCAGAGUGGGAAGUUUAAUUCUCAGAUCCAUGUGGAGUUCAUGUGGGAGACUCAGUCUCAGGAGCUCUAUGACAGUGAGGAUGACCUGGAUGAGAGGGUGAGCCCAUUACCCAAAAACCGCUCUCCAUUGCCCUCCAAUGGGGGUGGAGGAACUUCCUUUGCCCGCUGGAGUGUGGCUAACGCUAGUACAGGUAGCAGGCCUUGUCAGACUUAUGAGAAUCUAGACUUCCUGUACAGAAAUCCUCCUGCCAACAGUGCCCCCUCUGGAGUAUCAAGGCCUCCCCCACUGCCAGCUAAAUCCAUCCAAAGAGGUCGCUCAGACCCCCAGAUUUCGGUCACAACACAGGAAGGAAACCCCAUUCCAAGACGUUGCUCUAACCCAGCCUCCCACUCCUCAGGUCCCCAGACACAGGCAAGACAGAGCCCUCCUUUAAACAACACAGAGAACCAAGGCCAAGGUGGGAGAUCCCCUAGGUCUCCCCAGGGGCAUGGAGGUCUGCUAAGGGGACAGAGGCAGACCUGGGAGGGCCAACCUGGUGCUACUUCUGGAUCUCAAAGCAGUGUCACGCCAGCAUCCUCUCAGAAUCACAUAGGGCCUGUCAGUUCAGAGAAAACCACGUCGUAUCGUCGGACCAGCAGUGGAGGAGGCAACCAGGGGAAAUGUGGUGUGUUGUCUCCGAGCUGUGUGGGCAGCCAGGAGGAGCUCUACUGCAGUUUACUGGGGAAUAGUCCCAGCCUCGCCCCAGCUCCUGCUCCAUCCCCGUCACCAUCGCCUGCCAUGACCUGUGCUCCUCGACCCCGCAGGAACGCUAUGGUUUCUGGCAGCAGGCCACAUCAGAAGCGUGUCAAGGCUUUAGUGGACUGCCGGGCAGUCAGUUCCGAGCAGCUCGCCUUUUUCAAAGAUGAGAUCAUUGUGGUCACGGCCACUAAUGACCCCCACUGGUGGGUUGGUCACAUAGAGGGGGAACCAUCCAGGAGUGGGACCUUUCCUGUCAACUAUGUACAUAAACUGACAGACUGAAGGACGUGGAAAUAUGUGAAAGUAGUGUGUAAUAACAUACUAGACGAACCGAACCAGCACAGGAUGCUUACUGGAACCUUAUCAUCACACAGUGGAUUUUAGCUACGGGAGAGGACAGUGUUAUUCUCCUGGAUCCAUCUCAAACUAGAGGGUUUGAGCAAACUGAGAAAACUUUUCCACAUGAGGAUGUACUAGCCAAGGGACACCCGAGGAUAUAAAUGACACUGUUUUAGUAAUUAUACCUUUUAACAUUUACUCAUCCUCGAAACUAACAAGGAACAUAACAGCUUCACAGCUUCAUAAAGCCUUUUAUUCCAAAGACAGUAUUUUCCCCUGUUGGUAUAUCCAUGGUUUUCUAACUGCUACAUGUUUCUUCAGUUGUAUAAAGCCACAAACCACUAUUAUUAGGUACUCAUUUGUUUGUGACUGGGGAAACUGCUCUAAUGUCCAUUUAACCAUUAAUUACAUGGUAUAUUGCAAGUGUUUAAGUUGUCUAGGAUCAGUACCUAGAGGCAAAACGUACCUGCAGGGCAAAACCCUUUAAGGCACUUUAAAAUGAUUGAAAUCCCCUGAAAAGUUGGCAGAGCUGUAAGCGUGUACCCAGUCUGCUGCUGUAUACCGAUAUAGAUGCUUUUUGUUCUGACCAGAAACUGUCCAGUCUUUUAAAUCACGGUAUACUGAGAGAUUGGUUAUGAGGUUCAGACUUGCUCAGUGUCUGUUGCAGCCUGCCCUGGGACUCUAAGAGUGGCUUUGUGCCUGCCAGCCUGUCUCCAACAAAAACGGCAGGCGUCUGGGCAGCCCGAGGAGAGAUCUGAAACUUUUUGGCUAAGCCAUCUUGACUCUGUGCAUGGCUCGCUGCCUGCACGGAGAGAGGAAGAUCCAAUUUCUUCUGGCUCCAGAUAUCUGUCUCUGGAGAACCUGGGAUAACGACGGUGUGUUUAAAAAAACAAAACAAAAAAAAGACUCUUUCUCUGUUCUACCAGGAAAUGGCACUUAAAAGAGGGCUUGUUAGUGACAGCACCCCACUGCAGUAAUUUGUUCAUUGAAAACACAGUUACUUACUGUAGGCACGUGUGUAUCACACCAAAUGCACACAAGCUCCCUUGCACUUACUGUACACACAGACUAACUUCCAGGAGUUAGGAACCUUUAGGGAAGAAAGGAGAGUUGGGAGUGGGAGAGGUGCAACUGCUCCACUUUUUUAAACCAGUAACAAAUACUGAACUGUAACACAUUUCACAGUAAUUCCACAACAUUUGUUGUACAUACUUGUCUAAAAAUGUCCAAUGAUGUGUAUAGUGUGUAUCACAUUUUUUUUUUUAAUCUGUAAUGCAUUAUAAACAAUUGUAUCAUUACAGAUAGUGUUACUUCAUGUUGAUUUGGUGUCCUCUGAUUGGAUGCCAUGUGUCCUCUAUUCUGUUUCGUUAGUUGUCUAAAUGGAUGUCAGAGAGAGAAAAAGAAGGGAAUAGACGCAGUUGCAUAAUCAGUGUUCAGAAGGGAUCCUGUCCCACUAAACUGAAAACAAACACUGAUGGUGAUAAGUAGAGGCCUGCUUGCAGAAAGUGCUCACUUUAUUUUACUCGUCCCUGAGUUGAGACAAACUGGUGAGGAGUCUUUUUGCUUUACACUGUUUCCGCUGUUAUUGUCUUGUUACAGUGUCGAUGAUUAAGCAAACUAAUGACACAGGCCUGUUAUGUGUGAGACAGUGGAUGACUGCGUAAGACUACAUCUGUAAGUAGGAACUCUGUCAAAUGUAAGCAAUAGUAAAUUAGCUCGUUUUAGUGAGUAUAUUUGUAACAUGCAGAUUAAACAUGUCGGAUAAAGUCACAUACAGUCUUUUGUAGCGUAAAUGAGGGGAUAUCUUUAUGUAUCUGGCGUGAGUUGAAUGGAUUAAUGUAGUGUGGCUGGCUCAAAGCCAGAGGGCUAAUGCAGACCAGAGGUACUGAGUCCUUUAUGCGCAGUACAACCACACAUUGCUUAAAUUAUUUAGUGAGUGUUGGUACAUAGAAAAUCUACUUCCUAGCAAUGUGUUUUUAACACUUAUUGUGACAGGGGUUUAGUUCCUUGCGCACACCUAUAUAGCACAGUAUGUUGAAAAACACAAAUGGCUGAAUAUUGGGCAGUAAUCCAAUGGAUUAAAAUUUAGCUGGACUGUAUAAAAUGCAUACAAAUCCUUUUUGUGUUUAAGACGCGCAGUUCAAUAAUUCAUAUCCAUAGACUCAAACUUUAAUUACACACAAGUAGAAUGUAAGACUAGCGAAAAAAGUUCACAGAAGAUGAAUAAUUCUUCAAGUUUUGGUCAACAUUAAAAGAGACUUUCAAAGCAUCUGUAAUAGCUUUACAUAUAGUAGUUCAAUUCUAAAAAUGUGUGAGUUUGCGCAGGGAAUAUAACCUUUCUGGAAUUGAACGUAACAAGUUGAAUGUAUGUAUAUAAACAGAUAGUUGCAUUUGCACUUAGCUUUUUUUUUUU